AGCUAUGGUAAAAGCUAUGAAACACAACGAACGCAAUGCCCGGAAUGUUUAAAAAAAAAAAAAAACAGUUAAAUAUAUCAUACUAUUCUAUUACAAAUAAAAGUUGAAAAGAUUUCGCCAAGUUUCAAUUACUAUUUCCUGCCACGUGGUGUCAGUAGAACUGUAUGUUUGAGCGACAAAAACAUCACUAAUUCAGUCACAAUUCCCCAGUUUUUCGAAAUUGACUUCAGACUCUUGGAUUUCUACCACACCUACUGAUCUGGGGUCAGAUUUUUUUUUUAAACCUCAGUAAAGAGUAGAACAAAGUGAUACUGCACGGGGACAGAACUUGUCAUCGUCAUGGAUGUCCCAGAGGAAGACGACUACUACUACCAUGAAAACAUCAGCUUCAACCUCAGCUAUGACGACUACCCUACCAUGUGUGAGAAGGAUGACAUCCGUUCCUUUGCUGCUCUCUUCCUCCCCAUCAUGUACACUAUGUGUCUGGUGGUAGGACUGGCAGGAAAUGCCCUGGUUGUGGCAGUCUAUGCCUACCAAAAGCGUCUGAAGACCCCGAUGGACACUUUCCUUACCCACCUGGCAGUGGCUGACCUGCUGUUGCUUAUCACGCUGCCAUUCUGGGCAGCUGACGCCGCGAGAGGUUGGGAGCUGGGCCACGUCCUCUGUAAGAUGGUUUCGGCCUGCUACUCUGUUAACUUCACCUGCUGCAUGCUGCUAUUGGCCUGUGUCAGCCUGGACCGACACUUAGCUUUUGCUAGAGCACAAGGUGGAGACAGCAGGAGACAGCUGCACGGAGUGUUUACCAAGAGACACUGUUGGAAGUUAUGUCUCGCCAUCUGGGCAACAGCUCUGAUGCUUGGACUUCCUGACUUAAUACUGGCUGAGGUGCAGUGGGCGGCUGACAGAAACAUGUGCCUGACUGUCUACCCUUCAUCUAUGGCCAAAGGAGGCAAAGCUGCCCUGGAGGCAGUAGAAGUGCUCCUGGGAUUCCUGCUCCCGCUCAUGGUUAUGGUCGUCUGUUACUGGAGCGUGGCCCGAGUCAUAAAGACUGUCCCCGUUGAAAGCAGAGGCAAGAAGUGGAGAGCUCUGCGUGUUCUUCUAAUUGUGGUGGUUGUGUUUAUGGUCACACAGCUGCCUUACAACGUAAUGAAGAUCUGCCGUAUGAUGGACCGGGUCUACGCCUUGGUCACCCACUGUGGGACGAGUAAAGUGUUGGACAAGGCUACUCAGGUGACGGAGAGCCUGGCCCUCACUCACUGCUGCCUCAACCCCAUCAUCUAUGCCUUUGUGGGUUCUUCAUUCAAGCAGCACAUGGUCAAACUGGCCAAGAGGUUUGGAGUAGAGAGGAGGAGGAGGAGGAGGAGGAACAUUUCUGCAGAGGAGGAAGGGAUGGAGAUGUCAUUUAACUCCCACGCUGAAUCUCAAGCAACAAACACAUUUUCAGUAUGACUCAUUUUACUUGUUAGACUUUUGUAUUUUUUUUCACACUAGAUAUUACAGUUUGACAUUUACACUAAUUGUUUUUUUUUUAAUUUCACGUUAAUAUUUUUUGUUUUUGUCUUGGAGUUUUGUUAUACCUUGAUUAAGAUAUGCCUAAUUUCUGCACUCACAAUCUUAGUAAAAUACAUGAGAGAAAAGUGAUUACAUUAGUUAUUUUGGGAAGCAAUGUAAAGUGUUUUGAAGUCUUACUUAAUAAGUAUUUGUAUGUUUAUGCAAAUGCGGUUUAUUUUUUGUUUGGUUUUGUAACACUUUAAUAUAAAUAAGGUAUUUUUGUGGAAUUGGGCAGAGGCUGAAGUUUAACACAGAACGGUCAAUUUAUACCAUGUACUUUUAUUAAAUAUCAAGACUAGGCUGAGACAUUUUUGACCCAAGGUGUUAGCUUAGACCAUGAUUGGCUCCUGAGGUUCUAACAGUUUAAAGCAAUUAUGUCUGAGAAAUAAUUCUUAAAGUUUUUACUUUAUUUAAAGGUUUGGAGCACCAUUUUGUGAAUGCAAACCGCAACUUCUCGUCUCUCUAAAAACCUAGUAAAGUAGGGGAGUUUUAUGGGAGACUUUUUCUUUGAGAGAAAAAAAAUCACUCAGAAGUAAUUACUCUGCUUUCUAAAAGUUCUCUGUGUCACAAGAAAACAAUACUUAAAAUACAAGGGGUUAGUGACAGUAUAGUAGUACAGUCAACAGUAUGAACCCUGUUUAAAUAGGAAAGAGUAUUUAAUUUUAUAAAGGGACAUUCCUGAAAAUCUCCAGUCAUCAGUGUUGAUAAAAGGGAUGUAGACAGCUAAAAGCAGAGGAUUAUUAACAGCAGUCAGUUCCUGUCAAGACCCGUAACAUUUAGUUAAUUAAUAUCAUGAGUUAUGGGAAAAGACACACCCACCAGUCUGACUGCAGGUCAUCUGAGCUCUGCCUCUGCACUUCUGCUUUCAAUACCUCAUCCCUGGAUUUCCUCAUCAUCCUGCCAAAAUCCACAUCACAUUUUCUACUAAUGUAGUGAACUUUCAGAACAGCAACAAUACUUAAACACACUAGGCCUGUAAACAGUUGAUGGAGGAUGUGCUUUCAUUUAAGAGACAUUUGUUGUGUUUUAUUGUUUAGAAGUGGGAGGAAAAAAAAUCAGUGUAUGAGAGCAUCUGAACGUCUGACUCAUUUAGUUAGCAUUUCUUCAUACCCACUUUCCAGCUGGUUCAUCCUGAAUUUAUCUUCCUCUGAAAUGUAGAUAACAUCUGUCUGAGGUUUACCAUCUGUUUUUCCCUGUAAUUUGUUUACUGGAAAAAGAAGACUGCACCAAGGGUUUUUUUGUCUUGUUAAAGAAAAAUUGGAAGAAACAAAUAUUUUACAUUCCAUUUGGAAUGACAACAGCUGCAAAAACUAAAUAUUCUUUAAAAAACACAUGCAAAAACAAGCAUGCAACAAAAACAUUUUAUUUUAAAAAAACAAAAAAAACAUGAAAUUAUAAAUAUGAUGCCAAAGGCUAUUAAUUUUUAUGAUUUCAGAAAUGUCUUAACAGCUCAUUCACAGUUAUGGCAGUCAACCAAUUUUUUUUCAACAAAUCAAACAACGCUUUUAAAAGCAUCAAAAUAUCUACUAACUUUGUUUGAACAAAGACUUCCUAAAUGGCAGUGUUAGCAGUAGAAAAGAAAAAAAAAAA